AUGAUGAGUGUGCCUUACGUCCGUCCGCCUGGACUUUGUUUCCUACAAGGCGAUUACGUGGUAAUUGAUGCACCAUGCAGCUUCGAGAAGGGCGUGAAGAUCGGCAUUGGUGGAGACUGUUCUGGCGUUGUGCUUGCAGAGCAUGAGAUAAUCUCCAUGACGAGUCGUCGACGUAUAAUCGCUGACCUAUGUGGAUCAGGAAACCACCUAGCGACAAUCAGCCAGACGAUGGCGCUUCUGGCAUGGCCUACUCUUGGCUGGCGUCUGGGGGAGCUGGAAAGGUCGAACUCUUUCUCAGCUUGGGAGUCCCUGCUAGAAGACGAACCUCCACUGUACUUCGCAGUUCGACACCCACAGUCACCCCAACGCCAUGAUGAGGUGGUAGACCAUCACGAGUAG